CAUUCAUAAGACUGAGAGCUACCGCCACUGCAGGGACGCGCGGAGCUGGGGCUUAGGGACUUUAUUGUUGUGGUUCUUGGGGGCUGUGAAAUUCGGUUUAUGAUUUUUUUCCGGAGAGAAACUUUUUGGAAGGAUUCUUCUAGGUAAUUCUACAUUUUACUUUGGAGGACCGACUUACUUUUUUUCGUCUUCUUUAUCACAUCCCUCCCCCCGUGGGACCCACCGGACGCGUGGAGGAGACCGCAUCCGAAGCAGAUUCUGUACAGCAGGACAGCGCUUUCCACCUUUAGGGGAGCGAUCCCCACCACGCCCCUGGGUUCAACCGAGCCUGGACUUUCGGAAGACACAGCGGCAUCUUGUGGGGGCCUGGGCGCCGCAGAGGAAUUGCACAGAAACUUUGCGACUGUUGGAGCGGGACGCGGCCCCCAAUCCCGAGUUUCCCCGGACGGCGCACUUUGGCGACGCGCUCGACUUAUCCCGGACUCGCACCUUUCUUCCCCCACCCGGCCAUAGCCUUGGCUUCCCGGCGACCUCAGCGUGGUCACAGGGGCCCCCCUGUGCCCAGGGAAAUGUUUCAGGCUUUUCCCGGAGACUACGAUUCCGGCUCCCGGUGCAGCUCCUCGCCCUCCGCCGAGUCUCAGUAUCUGUCUUCGGUGGACUCCUUUGGCAGUCCACCCACCGCCGCCGCCUCCCAGGAGUGCGCCGGUCUUGGGGAAAUGCCCGGUUCCUUCGUGCCCACGGUCACCGCGAUCACAACCAGCCAGGACCUCCAGUGGCUCGUGCAACCCACCCUCAUCUCUUCCAUGGCCCAGUCCCAGGGACAGCCACUGGCCUCCCAGCCCCCGGCCGUCGACCCCUAUGACAUGCCUGGAACCAGUUACUCAACACCGGGCAUAAGUGGCUACAGCAGUGGCGGAGCUAGUGGCAGUGGUGGGCCUUCCACCAGCGGAGCCGCCAGCGGACCUGGGCCUGCCCGCCCAGCCCGAGCCCGGCCUAGGAGACCCCGAGAGGAGACGCUUACCCCGGAGGAGGAGGAGAAGCGAAGGGUUCGUCGGGAGCGAAACAAACUGGCAGCAGCUAAGUGUAGGAACCGUCGGCGGGAGCUGACUGACCGACUCCAGGCGGAGACAGAUCAGCUGGAAGAAGAAAAGGCCGAGCUGGAGUCAGAGAUUGCAGAGCUCCAAAAGGAGAAGGAGCGUCUGGAGUUUGUGCUGGUGGCCCACAAACCGGGCUGCAAGAUCCCCUACGAAGAGGGGCCGGGGCCCGGCCCGCUGGCGGAGGUGAGAGAUUUGCCGGGGUCAGCAUCCACUAAGGAAGAUGGUUUCAGCUGGCUGCUGCCGCCCCCGCCACCACCGCCCCUGCCCUUCCAGACCAGCCAAGACGCACUCCCCAACCUGACAGCUUCUCUCUUUACACACAGUGAAGUUCAAGUCCUCGGCGACCCCUUCCCCGUUGUUAACCCUUCGUACACUUCUUCGUUUGUCCUCACCUGCCCGGAGGUCUCCGCGUUCGCCGGCGCUCAUCGCACCAGCGGCAGCGACCAGCCUUCCGACCCCCUGAACUCGCCCUCCCUUCUUGCUCUGUGAACCUUUUAGACACAAAACAAACAAACACACAAGA